GAAACCCCUCCCUUCAAACUGAGCAAACAGCUGCAGAAAGCCUUGGAGAAGGAGAACAGCAGGCAGCAAGAUGGGCUCCAGCAGCUCCAGCCUGAACAACGUCCCAAACGGCCAGGAGCUCCAGCAGCAAACGGGAUUCUCUGCUGCCCACCUCCUCCGUCUCUACGAGAGGUUUCAGUUUCUGGAUAAAGACAACCGAGGACACCUCAGGCCCGAGGACUUUGAAGCAGUGCUGGAGUUGUCUGAGAAUCCCAUCGGUGACAGAAUAGUUGAAGCCUUUUUCAAGCCAGGCCAGGAAACGGUGGACUUCCCUUCCUUUGUCCGAGUUCUGGCUCACUUUCGUCCAACUGAGAAAAACCGAAAUAGAGACAAAGGACAGCCGGAUCCAGCCAACAGCCGAACCCGGAAACUUAAAUUUGCCUUCCGGCUGUACGACCGGGACAGAGACGGAAAGAUCUCCAGAGCGGAGCUUCUUCAGGUGCUGAGGGAAAUGCUGGGUAUGCAGGUGACAGAGGAGCAGCUGCAGAGCAUCGCAGAGAGGGCCAUCCAGGAAGCCGACCUGGACAAGGACGGCGCCAUCUCCUUCGAUGAGUUCAGGAAGUCGCUGGAGAAAGUGAACAUCGACCACAAGAUGAGUAUUCGCUUCCUGGAAUAAAGAUGCAGCUUCAACCGAGGAUCUGAAGACUUGUCUCUGACUGGUCUCACCUGCUGCUGGAUCUGGACAGACACCCAUUUACAAGACCUGCUCCACAUGCUGGGCUUUAGACAACAGGGGGAGGGGAAGCAUACAUUUAGUGGUCAUCAAGAAGGUUAGAGUCUAGUGAAAAUGGUUCUAUGAAAACGAAGCGAAUCAAUUAUAGAUCCAUCAAAUAGGGAAGAGGGAAAUAGUUAAAGCCUUAGUCUCUUUAAUUUUAAUCAUUCUGAUUUCCAGAGAUGAAAUCCCGACAUUUAGCAUCUCAGAAAAGGUUGAGAAAAAGUUGAAUAUUGAAACCUGAUGUCAUACCCUAAUCAGCUUAUUAACACAGGAUUGAAAGUCAUCAAAAGAUCCAAGCAUAUUCAUAGAGGUGCGAGUGAAAGG